AUGAGUGUAGCUGUUCUUGAUGGCAAAACAGUGACAGGAUUUGUGGAAGCAAAGGAAGCAUUUAAAAAUUGUGUUGAAGUGUACUUCAAAAUGCUUGAUUCUAAUGGAGAUGGAGGGAUUUCUCGCAAUGAGCUUGAGGAAGGUUUUGGCAGGAUUUUCACCAUGGAAUUUGAAUCCAAGUCUCAAGAAUGUGUUGAUCAAUUUUAUAGUGCAAUUUUUGAGAGGUUUGAUGAGGAUGGUAACGGUAAAAUUGACUGCGAUGAGUUUGCAUCCUUGAUUAGAGAGAUUAUGCUCGCCAUGGCUCGUGGGAUUGGUACAUUACCGGUUAUAGUCGCUCUUGAUCAAGAUAGCUUGCUGAUGAUGGCUGUUAACCAUGAACUGGCUCGAACAUGA